AUGGAUGUCCCUACGUCAGAGAAGAAACUGGUCCAGAAGUGGAACCCUGGGUGGAAGCAAACCUUCAAGUGGUUGGUGCUCGAGUAUGACGACGAGCAACAGAUGUACGGUAUGAAGUGUAAGAUCUGCAAAGCCCAUGCCAAUAACAGCAAAUCUCCGUUUGGCCCUCUUGGCAUAGGAGCGCGUGAUUUUCAGGUGGACAUCGGCGAGGUGAAGCUCCUCGUCGAUAAACUGAAGCUGAAGCUGGCGCAACGUUACGUGGAGAACCGCGCAGACUAUUUGACCCCGAAGAGCAAGCACCUGCAUGCUUUUCUCGAGAAGCACGGCAGCCCUGACAAGCGCGAGAUCACCAUCCGCGGCCUCGACAAGCAAGGGACCGCAUGCACCAUCAAAGACAUACUGCAUGAAAACCCCAUCGGCAAUGACAAGAAGAUGGACCUGGAUUCGUAUAUCAAGCUGGGGCAAGAGUUUGCGCAGGAGCUGAUCGCAAAGCUGGACUACUGCCUUGGGGACCUGAAGCAUUUUGACGGGGCAAAACUCUUCAUGCCAAUGCACUACCCGCCGCGCCCUGCUGACCGUGAAGGAUGGCUCAACGUCCACCUCUACGAACUCCUUGACAUGUUCAAGGAGAAGCUGCCCGGUUUAGGAGCUAGUAUAGCUCGUUCAACGCCUGCCGUCCGCAAUCCGUUUGAAUAUCCGUCCGCCACGUCACCCGCUAUCAAGGCCACGUCAGCCGCCAUGAACACGUCAGCAAAUGGUAUCCCGACCGUGUCAGAGCCCUGGGAGGAGGCGAUUAGCUCUCAGCUCGCGGCGUGGUUCGACGACUCGCACUGGACGGACGAGCCGCCUUCCAUGACAGUUACCGUUGGGGACCACGGCCGCGGCCAGCUAGACGGCGUCGCGACGGUCGCUCUUCCCCCAGACACGGUUUUCUCUAUCCUCUGCGACCCGCACAACCGCCGCGUGUUCACGUUCAUUAAGUCCGUCAAGAACGAGCGCGUCGUGAGUGACUGUAACGGGGUGAGAGUGGUCGAGUUGGACAUAGUGUUCGCGCUCAAGGUUCCCUUCUUUACAGGCACGUUCGACGCGCACCUGCGCAACGUGCACGACCGCCCCAACCGCAGGGUCACCUUCUGCCUGUCGCGCCCCGGCUUCAUGCGCAAAUUCGAAGGCUACUGGCAGGUCGAUCCGCUCCUCGUUCCCGCUUCUGCCACUUACGCCACCUCCCCCUCUUCUGCCGCUUCCGCUGCUUCCGCCGCGCCUUCCGCCAGCGAUGUGCCGUCAUUUCUCUCAGCAGAGGGUGACCCUGAGUCGGAGUUGUUCCCCUCCGUUUCCUUCACUCCUCAAUCGCCGCUCUCAGAUGUCAUGUUUCUGGGCAGCUCAUGCGACAGCGAUUCCGAGUCCGGUUCGGACCUAAAUGCGUCUGGCAGCGAUUCUUCCAACAGUGCCAGCAGCAGCCCGGACCGCUUCCCUGCCCGCGUGAUACCAGACCCCACCACCACCACAAGCGUCGGCAGCUUGUGCGGCAGCGGUGGUGGGUUAGGCGAAGACGACACGCGCGGAUCAGGCAGGUUAGGCGAGGACAGCGGGUUAGGCGCGGAAGGCGGGUUAGGCGCGGACGGCGGGUUAGGCGGAGAUGCUGGCAUGCGCGUGGCGUCGCGUCUGGUGCUGCAUCAGGUCGUGGAGCCGUCGCUAGCGCCACCCCCGAUGUUCAGACGCUGCGUUCACGCGCUGCUCAAGGCAGCGACACGCGAUGUGCUUGUCGUUUUCCAGUAUGAAGCCGCACGCAUUCGGAACAGCAAGGGGAAAUUCCCCUGGAGAAAUGGGGCGGAAGCGGGCGCGGAGGAAGGGGAGGAGGAGGGGAAAGGAAAGGCGGGGAAGAGCUCGAAGCUGGGAGCGAUGUUUUUGCACAAGGAGGCGCUUGGGGGGAAGAACAGUGUGUUUGGCGUGGGGAAGGGGGGGUUUGGGUUGAAGAAACCGGCGCAGCGGAAGGCGUGA